UCCGGAGCUUUCUUCUAAGCCAUGGAACCGAGUUUGCUGCUGCAUGGAACGCUUUAUGUGUCCAUCCAUGAGAUCGAUAGACUACACACUGGAUGUGGAUUUAGAUUGGGUGACGCGACUGGUGGUCCAGUAAAAAUGGGGAGAAGAUGUUUAGCCGAAGUAUCCAAGUUGGUGCUUUGCCGGCCUGAGGUAGUCGGCUCUAAACUUUAUGCAACUGUCGAUUUAGACAAGUCUCGAGUUGGGAGGACUAGAAGGGCACGUCGCCCAGAAUGGAACGAAUCCUUUCGCAUCUACUGCGCUCAUACAGUCUCCAAUCUGGUAUUUACUGUCAAAAAUGACGACCCUGUUGGGGCAACAUUAAUCGGAAGAGCAUACUUGCCUGUGAAAGAGAUCUCACAAGGGCAAGAAGUGAUAAAGUGGGUGGCAAUACUGGAUGAAGGGCUCAAACCAAUCCCUGGAGGCUCCAAAAUUCUUGUGCGCUUGAAGUUUUUGGACGUCACCAGAGAUGGCAAUUGGGCUCAGGGCAUCAAAAGCCCUUCAUUUGAAGGAGUCCCUCACACAUUCUUCGGCCAAAGAACGGGCUGCAAAGUUUCACUCUACCAAGAUGCUCAUGUCCUGGAGGACACCACCCCCCCGUUCAUUCUCUCUGGAGGCAAAGACUAUGAGCCCCGUCGAUGCUGGGAGGAUGUCUUUGACGCGAUCACCAAGGCUCGAUACCUGAUUUACAUUACUGGAUGGUCGGUGUAUACUAAGAUCACGUUGAUUAGAGAUCCAAACAGGCCGAGACCACAAGGAAAUGAUACUCUAGGUGAGUUGCUCAAGAGGAAGGCGGAUGAGGGUGUAAGAGUUCUUGUGCUUGUUUGGGAUGACAGAACCUCGGUUGAGGAAUUAAAGAAGGAUGGAUUGAUGGCAACACAUGAUCAAGAAACGGAGGAAUACUUUCGAAACACGAAGGUGCAUUGUUCCUUAUGCCCCCGGAAUGCUGAUGAAGGUAGGAGUUAUGUCAGGGGAUUUCAGAUUGGCACCAUGUUUACUCAUCAUCAGAAGACAGUGGUGGUAGACAGUGAAGCUCCCGAGGGCGGGCUGGGAAAGAGGAGAAUUGUCAGUUUUGUUGGCGGCAUUGAUCUCUGUGAUGGCCGGUAUGAUACUCAAGAUCACUCCUUGUUUAAGACUCUAAACACAGUCCAUAAAGAUGAUUUCCACCAGCCAAACUUCUCAGGCUCUUCCAUCACAAAAGGCGGUCCUAGGGAGCCCUGGCAUGACAUCCACUGCCAGCUUGAAGGACCUGUUGCUUGGGAUGUUCUGUACAAUUUUGAGCAGAGAUGGCACAAGCAAGUUGGAGCUGGACUCCUGUUUAAAGUCGCCGAGAUUGAAGGCUUCAUUACCCUGCCAUCUCCAGUGACAUAUCCAGAAGAUCCUGAAACAUGGAAUGUUCAACUAUUCAGAUCCAUUGACACUGGCGCUGUUUCUGGCUUUCCUGAAAACCCUGAGCAAGCUGCCGAGAUGGGCCUUGUUAGUGGAAAAGAUAACAUCAUUGAUAGAAGCAUUCAAGAUGCCUACAUCAAUGCAAUUCGGCGAGCAAAGAACUUCAUCUACAUUGAAAAUCAGUAUUUCCUUGGAAGCUCAUUCGGCUGGAACUCACAGGACAUCAAGGAUGAAGAUGUUGCCGCCCUGCAUCUGAUUCCGAAGGAGCUAUCACUGAAGAUCGCAAGCAAGAUCAUGGCUGAAGAGAGGUUUACCGUUUAUGUGGUGAUUCCGAUGUGGCCGGAAGGCAUACCGGAGAGCGGCUCUGUUCAGGCGAUACUGGAUUGGCAAAGGAGGACGAUGCAAAUGAUGUACAGAGAUAUUGCUCUCGCUACUGACAGGAGAUCGAGCGUUGAUCUCAGAGACUAUCUAACAUUUUUUUGCCUCGGCAAUCGAGAGGUUAACGCCGCCGGAGAGUAUGUUCCUCCGGAGAAACCCCCCUCCGAUACCGACUAUGAACGAGCUCAGCAGUCCCGGCGAGGCAUGAUCUAUGUCCACUCGAAGAUGAUGAUAGUGGACGAUGAAUACAUCAUUAUCGGAUCGGCGAAUGUCAACCAGAGAUCAAUGGAUGGUGCGAGGGACACCGAGAUCGCCAUGGGAGCUUAUCAGCCGCAUCAUUUGGGGACGAACCAACCGGCCAGAGGGCAGAUAUACGGUUUCAGAAUGGCACUGUGGCACGAGCACCUCGGAGAAACGGACAAGUCCUUUCUCCAUCCAGAAAGCCUGGAAUGUGUCCGGAAAGUAAACGAAAUCGCCGAUCAGAAUUGGAGCCUCUACUCGAGCGAAAACCUCGCCGACAAAGACCUUCCAGGCCACCUUCUUCGUUAUCCAGUUUCAGUGUCCAGCGACGGAUCCAUUUCUCCAUUGUCAGAGCUUGCCUUCUUCCCCGACACCAAAGCUCAAGUCCUCGGCACCAAAUCGGAGAUCCUUCCUCCGAUGCUCACAACCUAACGGCAACUUUCAGCCUUUGCUGCAACAAUGCCAAGCAAAUAAACAAGAACGAAAUGGAUCCACGAGAUCAAAGAUUAUAUUGCCGAUGAGAAUCUCUUUCAGCUACUUCAGAUUCAGAAUCAAGAUUUGCCAUUAGUCGGAUCGAAUUGAAUUGUUUAUCCUAACAGAUCAAUACAACAAGUGUUCAUUAUUUUUAAUGGGAGAAUUUGAUAUUUCGAUCCCCAAAAGGAUAUUCCUUUGUCACUGUAUUCAUUCAUGGAAUUAAGAUCCUCAUCUAACAACUCCUCAAUAAAUUUUCUCGAGACCUAUUCUCUA